CCCACCUCCCGCGACCAGGGGCGCCGUCGUCCUCGGAGCUUUACGAAUAUACAAGUAUGGCUGCCGUCUCCCCUGACGCGGUGACCAAGGAGAUGGAGGUGUUAUCUGUUGAACAAAAUCCACAAGCCAAAAAUGUGGUUAAUGCUGAAACACAUGCGACCUCAUCAAAAGACAGCAAAGUUGCAGAUAGCAAUGGAUCUCAUUCGUCACCACCAGAAGAUGAUGAUGAUGAUGAAGCACAAGGAGAUGGUCCAUCUCAAGAUGGAGGAUCAGAAGCUGCAAAGAAGAAAAAGAAGAAAAGCAAAUCCAAAAAGAAGAAAGGCCCUCCUCAGCAGACUGACCCUCCAUCAAUUCCUAUAGAUGAACUUUUCCCUUCAGGAGAUUUUCCUGAGGGUGAAAUCCAACAAUAUAAGGAUGAUAACUUAUGGAGAACAACUAGCGAGGAAAAGAGGGAACUGGAACGGCUACAAAAGCCAAUGUACAAUGCUGUACGCCGAGCAGCAGAAGUUCAUAGACAGGUCCGGAAGCAUAUGAGGAGCAUUUUGAAGCCUGGCAUGCUAAUGAUUGAUCUAUGUGAAACUUUGGAAAAUAUGGUUAGGAAACUUAUCAAGGAGAAUGGACUGCAAGCUGGUAUUGCCUUUCCAACAGGGUGUUCCUUGAAUUGGGUUGCAGCUCACUGGACGCCAAAUUCUGGCGAUAAAACUGUACUACAAUAUGAUGAUGUAAUGAAGCUGGAUUUUGGGACACACAUAGAUGGAUACAUCGUUGAUUGUGCAUUCACUGUUGCAUUCAAUCCCAUGUUUGAUCCAUUGCUUCAAGCAUCAAAAGAUGCCACUAAUACUGGAGUCAAGGAAGCUGGAAUUGAUGCACGGCUAUGUGAUGUUGGUGCAGCAAUCCAAGAAGUCAUGGAGUCGUACGAGGUUGAAAUUAAUGGAAAAGUUUUCCAAAUAAAAAGUGUGCGGAACCUGAACGGGCACAGCAUUGGGCCAUACCAAAUUCAUGCUGGGAAAUCAGUUCCCAUUGUGAAAGGUGGAGAGCAAACAAAAAUGGAGGAGGGAGAAUUUUAUGCCAUUGAAACUUUUGGUUCGACAGGAAAGGGAUUUGUAAGGGAGGACUUAGAAUGCAGUCAUUACAUGAAGAACUUUGAUGUUGGGCAUGUACCAUUGAGGGUAGCAAAGGCUAAGCAACUACUUGGAACAAUUAACAACAAUUUUGGAACACUUGCAUUUUGUCGUCGGUACUUGGACCGCCUUGGCGAGACCAAGUAUCUCAUGGCGCUGAAAAAUUUAUGUGAUGUUGGUAUUGUUCAGCCGUAUCCUCCAUUGUGUGACGUGAGGGGAAGCUAUGUGUCACAAUUUGAGCACACCAUUUUACUCCGUCCAACUUGCAAGGAAGUCAUAUCCAGAGGCGACGACUACUGAUUGCUUCUGUAGCUUCUCAUGUACCGGUUGUUUGUGAGUUCAUUGUGUACCAUUCAGGGCAACCCGUGUACUUUCAUACUCAUACUGUGUAUGGAUCAUACAUAUGUCGUCAGAAUCAUCAGAUAAAUAAUGCGGAGACGUUUUUCAAUUCCCAUUUUGUUUACACGAACUCCUCAUCAUGUGCCAUCUUUGUUGAAACUUUGAUGUGUGU